UUCUGCCAGUCCACUUCAAUGAGCCGCGACGAGGGGAAAAGCAGCAGCUCCCAAACUCAACAAACCCGCUUAAACUCUGCCGUUUAAAUGCGUCAGGACUCGUAAACGGCUACUUUCUUCACAGAAAUCAUGGGUUGUAAAAAAUCCAAGCUUGGCGAAGACCAGAACGGAGGUGUGUUCGACGUAAAGAGGCGCGAGUCUCCACGUGCUGACAAAACGGUAUAUGUGAGAGAUCCAACCUCCCCUAAACCACACACUAUAAAUAAUUCUCUUCCUCCAGGACUCCUACCUGGUCAGAUGUUUCAAAAAAUGGAAGAGCAAAAUGAGCAGGGAAAAAUAGUCAUUGCUCUCUAUCCGUAUGAAGCCAUUCACCCAGACGAUCUGGGAUUUAAAAAAGGGGAAAAGCUGAAGGUCCUUGAAGAGCAUGGAGAGUGGUGGAAGGCCAAGUCUCUGACCACACGCAAAGAAGGGUUCAUCCCCUCCAAUUACGUGGCCCAGGUUGACACCAUGGAGACGGAGGUGUGGUUCUUCAAGGACAUCACAAGGAAAGAUGCAGAGAGACAGCUGUUGGCGCCUGCUAACAAACCAGGCUCCUACCUCAUACGAGAGAGUGAAACAUCCAAAGGAAGUUACUCACUGUCCAUCCGGGAUGUGGGUCCACAAGGUUCAGAUGUUGUAAAGCAUUAUAAGAUCCGCAGCCUGGACAACGGCGGCUACUACAUUUCCCCCAAAAUCACGUUCCCUGACAUCAUCAAAAUGAUACAUCAUUACCACAAGCAAGCAGAUGGAUUGUGCCGUAAACUAGAAAGGCCCUGUGAGAAGCCUAAAGCCCAGAAGCCGUGGGACAAAGACGCCUGGGAGAUUUCCAAAGAGUCCAUCAAGAUGGUGAAGAAGCUUGGAGCAGGGCAGUUCGGAGAGGUGUGGAUGGCCUAUUACAACAACACCACGAAGGUAGCGGUGAAGACGCUGAAGCCGGGCACCAUGUCUGUGGAGGCCUUCAUGGAGGAAGCCAACCUGAUGAAGACCCUCCAGCAUGACCGGCUGGUGCGCCUCUAUGCCGUGGUCACUAAAACCGAGCCCAUCUACAUCAUCACCGAGUUCAUGGCCAAUGGCAGCUUGCUGGACUUCUUGAAAAGUGAUGCUGGUGCCAAACAACAGCUGCCCAAGCUGAUCGACUUUUCAGCUCAGAUAGCGGAGGGCAUGGCCUACAUUGAGAAGAAGAAUUACAUCCACCGAGACCUGAGAGCAGCCAACGUGUUGGUGUCUGAAAGCCUGCUGUGUAAAAUCGCUGAUUUCGGCCUGGCCAGAGUCAUUGAGGACGACCAGUACACGGCCAGAGAAGGAGCCAAGUUCCCCAUCAAGUGGACGGCGCCAGAAGCCAUCAACUACGGCUCCUUCACCAUCAAGUCCGACAUGUGGUCUUUCGGGAUCCUCCUUUAUGAAAUCAUAACUUACGGAAAAAUCCCGUAUCCAGGGAUGAGUAACGGCGAGGUCAUGAACUCAGUGCAGCGCGGGUACCGAAUGCCCCGUCCAGAAAACUGCCCCCCUGAACUCUAUGACAUCAUGAACAACUGCUGGAAGAGUAAGCCGGACGAUCGUCCCACUUUUGACUACAUCCAGAGCGUGCUGGACGAUUUCUACACGGCCACUGAGGGGCAGUAUCAGCAGCAGCCCUGAAGGCCGGCCCUGCCUGCUGCCUGAGGUCAUGUACACAUGUAAAUAAGAGUAAUAUUCAGCGUCGGUCAGCUUGCUUACGUAUAAGCAAGAAUGAACUGUUUCUUCAAAUUGAAGUUUUAUCUGCCUGCCUGUUUAAACGCCGCUGUACGCUUGGACUUGAAUGUAUUUAAUUGUCUCAGUAAAUUUUAAUGACCACAGUCAUAAACACAAUCAUACCGUUCAGUUCACAGGAAGAAAAAUCAAGUAUUAAUUUCACAGCUAUUAUUUGACAGAACAUAACAAUCUAGCGUUAAUAAAAAAAGAUUAAAUGACCACAUGCAGCCUGGUGUCAGUGAAUCUGACCAGUGGUGCAGUAAAUUAUAAAGAACAUUGAAACAGCUUGCACCAAUUGAACACCAUUGAAGUGUGACAAUAAAAGCCUUGUUUUAAUGCCAUUCGGUUGUAAUUCUCUCUAUCUUUGACUUCUCUGUGUCUUUAAGUGAUGAUCAGGCAUGUUAAUGACAUUAAAUUAUUGUGGAUAUCUCCUUUUGUUUGAUUCACAUAUUCUGUACAUUUGUAUAUUCUUUUGUUGAUCCCAUUAAACCAUGAAUAAGAUGAAUUCAGUAUCUGGUUUCACUUCAGCUGACUGCAAAAUGUCUUGUUCAGAUCUGUGAAAAAAAAUCCAAUUAAAAUAAAUGAUCUCUUUAAAUAAAUGAUA